AUGAGAUCGAAAUCCAUUUCGUAUUUCUUAUUUUUUAAAAAAAACAGAAAGAAAAAUGAUUCUUGUGAUAGUGUCAUAAUAUCUAGCAAUAAGAAUUUAUCCAUUCAAUUAUCGAAAGGUGAGGAUGAUGAAAAAAAUGAAAUAAAUGAGGAAAAGAGUUAUAUAAAGAAUGAAGAUGUAUAUAAAAAGGAAAAUUUAAAAAAGGAGAAAGAAAAAAAGGAAAAUAAUAAAAAGAAAGAUAAAAAUGAAAUAGUAUAUGAUUAUCAUGACAUUUCAAAUGAUGCUACUAGUGAGUAUGUUAAUAAUUAUAAAGUAUAUGAAAUGAAUACUUGUAAUAUAAAAAAGAAGAGAGAAAGUUUUUUUAAAAAAAUUAAUAUUUUACAAAAAUAUAAAAAUUACAAAAUUAGAAAGGCAGCUAGUACCUUUCAUACCAUAGGACAUAAAACAUCUUUUUCUGGUACAGAUGAUGAAAUAGAAAAUAAUCAAAAGAAACAAAAAAAAUAUAAAAUAAAAAUUUCUGAAUGGAAGGAUGAUAAAUCGCAUACUUUUCAUAAAAAAAAUGACAUAUUGGUAUUUGAUAAGAUGGAUAAAAAUAAGAAAUUAAAAAUUGAUAACAACAAAAGCAAUCAAAUUAAUAUAGAUAAUGAAGAAGAAGUUAAUAAAAAUUAUCCUAUGGCUACUAAUGUACAAAAUUAUAAUAUAAAAUAUACAUCAAUAGAUGUAAUAAAUGACGAAUAUAUUAUAGAUUCUAAUAAACCUGAAGGUUCUAUUAUGUCUACAGAUAAAAAGAAUAAUAAACUUAAUUAUAAUAAUGAUAUAUAUGAUGUAGACAAAAGCUCUGAUAUAAAUAAGUUAGGUAAUAUAAAAAAGAAUAAACUUGAUAUUAUUACCAAAACAACACAUAAUAUUAAUAAUAAUGUAAAUAAUAUACAUAAUUAUAUGAUGUAUACAAAUAAAGAAAAUAUAAAAAUAAAUAUAAAUCAUGGAAAUCUAAAUGGAAAGGAACAAAACAAUUAUGAUGAAGAAAGGAAAGCAAAAGUUUAUGAAAUAUUUGAAAAUGGAAAAAAAUUAGAACCUAAUAAUAUUAAUAUCAACACAGAAGAACAUAUUCAUAUUAGUGAACCCAGCAUACCAUUUGAUAUGAAGGAUCAUAAAAAUGAUAUAAAUGAAAAAGAUAUAAUAUUAAAAUUGAUGUAUAACAAUAACGGUAUUUAUUUUGAUGAUGAUGAUGAAAAUCACAAGAAUUUAUUAUACAGAAAUAAAGAUACACAUUUAAAACAUUUAAAUAAUAAAUUUAACCAUAAUUUUAUUUUAUAUAAUGAUCGCGAAGAAGGGUUAAAUCAGAAACACGCACAAAAAAAAUUAAAAAAAAAAAAUACUAUUCUUAACAAAAAGGAAAAUGAAGAUAUUAAUCAUAAUAGUUUCAAAAGACAUUUAUCUAAUACGAAUAUAUGUUAUAAGAACAAAGAUGAUCAAAUUAAAAAUGGUUCUAAUAAGUAUAAUAUAUUAAAUAAUGACUAUUCUAAUGAACAGGAAAAAAAUAAAAAUAAUGAUCAUAUAACAAAAAAUAAAAGAAAUCAAUCAGCAAGCGAAGUAAAAUCUAAUAAUAAUGAUAACCACAAUAAUAAAAAGAAUAAUAAUUUUAAUAUUAAUAUUAAUGAUUCAUAUUCUACAAAUAUAAAUAGAAACCAAAAUGUGAUGAUAAAUGAUGCAAACGAUGUUAUUAAGGAUGUAAAUGUGCAGGAAAAUACACAAGGUGAUGACGAAGGUGGUAUUAUAAACAAAUAUUUAAUUAACCCUAUUUACAAUUUAUUUCUACGUGCUAAUGAAGAAAUACAAAAUUCAAAUAGUACAAAUAACAAAUUAAAAAUGAAUAAUAUAACAAAAAGUUAUACAAACGAACUACAAAAGACAUAUAAAAGUAUGUACGAUAUAAAUGAUAUAUCAAAUAAGAGAAAAAUUAAUAAUAAAGAUAUACGUGGAACUAAUUUAUAUAAUACCAAAUUAUGUAAUAAUAAAUUAUAUAAUUCAAAUCCAUAUAAUAUGAUUCCAUAUAAUAUAAACACAUAUAAUAAUAAUAAUAAUAAGGAAACUUGUACCAGCAUAAAUAUCAAACAUUCAGAAAAUAAAUAUUCCUUCAAUAAAUCUCAUGUAAACUCAUAUAUGAAAAAUACAAAUAAUCUUCCUCAUAGAAAUGCGAUUACAUUAAAUAAUAGAAACAAUGAAGAAUAUGAGAAAGAAAAAGAUCGUAACAUUACUAAUGGGAACAAUAACUAUUUGGUUGAAUAUAAUAAUUCUUGUAUACCUCCACCACUCAAAAAAAUGAUACCAAUAGAUGGUGUGAGAAAUAAAAGUAUAAAUAAAUUAAAUAAUGUAACUAAUACGCAACGUAUAUCAAGUGUUUCAUAUACGAAUAAGAAUAUUGAUGAGAAUUCAUUUGAUAUGUCUUUAAUAAAUGGAAUAAGAGAAUCUAAAUAUUUAAAUAAUAAUAUUAAUAUUAAUGGUAAUACCAUUGGUUUUAAUUCAUCUAAGUUAGAUAAUUAUCAUUAUGAAUCUAUGAAUGUGAAUGAAUCUUAUCCACUAAAAAAUAUGAUGAAAAAUAAUUAUAUUCAGCAAAAUUAUGAUGAUAAAAAUAAUAUUUUCCUUGUUAAAAAUUAUGAAGAUACAUAUUCAAAUAUUCAUAAUGGCAUACAUGAAAAUAGUAUGCUAAAAAAUUAUAAUUUAAAAAAAGCGUGCACUUUUCAUGGGUACUCUAGAAAUCAACAAAAAAAUAUGUAUACAGAAGAAAAUUUAAAUAUUAAUCAAAAAAAAAAUUAUAGCCAUUAUCAUAAUAAUGGUACGGUAUUAAAACCUUUGGUAAAUACUAAUAAUGUUGCAAUGAACGAAUUUGCAGAUAUUAAUUUAUCGGCUCAAAAAAGAUUACAUAGUUUAAGAAGUAUGGAAGAAGACGAUAACAGUAUGGGAAAUUACAGAAACAAAAUAUACAACAACAACAACAUCAAUAAUAAUAAUAAUAAUGAUAAUAAUAAUAAUAAUAUAUAUAAUGAUAAUGAAUAUUGUCAGUAUAAUAAUAGUUAUCGUUUCGAUCAUAGUGAUUUAAAAAAUAUGUUUCCAUUAAAUCAUCAGAAUAGCAAGUUAUUAACACAUAGUAAUAAUAAAAAUUCAUUUUUUAACGGAAUAAAUGUAGAAUCGAAACAUCAUUUAGCAAAUCCUGAAAUAAAAACAUUUGCACACAAUAGUUAUCCUAUAUUAAAUCAAGGUUUAAUAAAUUGUAACCCCUUACAAUGCUUGGGGUAUGAUUCAAAUCAAAGGAAUAAGCAUAAUGUAGUAUACAUAAAAAAAAAUGAAUACCUUAAUAAAAACAUUGGCUCUAUUAUAAAUGUUCUUAAAAGAGAAGGGCUAAGAAAAUUUCCUACACAUAAUGGAAAGUUCGAAUCAUUUAGUAAUAUGAAUAAUAAAAAUGUAUAUAUGGAAGGACUAAACAUACAAGAUAAUGUUAAUAAUAAUAAUAAAGAAAGUUGUGAUAAUGUUAAUAAUAAUAAUAAAGAAAGUUGUGAUAAUGUUAAACAUAUGAGAACAAAAAGUUUAAAUUUUGUAAGUAGAGAAUCCUAUGGCGAACAUAAAAGUCUAGAUAUUUACCAGGAAUGUUAUGUAAAAAAUAAUAAACUUAUUAAUAAGGUAAAUGAUAAAAAAUAUGAGGAUAAUAAUAAUGCCUAUCUUAAUGAAGAUGAUAACGCUAGUAUGCAAUUUUAUGAAGAAACUAAUAGUAAUCCAUAUAUUGUAGACCAGGAAAAUAGUAUGAAAAAUUAUGUCAAUAAUGUUUUAUAUAACAACAAUAACAAUUAUUAUGUUGAUUCAAAGAAUUAUGAUAAAUCUAAAGAGAAUGAAGAAAACACAUCAGAUGAUAUAUUAAAUAAUGAAAAUAUACAUACCUUAAAAGAUCAAGAAAAGAAAAUACAAAAUGACAAUGAAUUCAUUAGUGAACAGGCUGAUAUAGAAAAUAUAAGAAAUUCUCAAGAAGAAGUAUAUGAGAAAGAACACGAACCUUUGUGGGUAAUAAAUGCAUCUAAUGAAGAAAAGAAAUCAUAUGAAGAAUUGAUAUACAGCGAUAUGUCAUCUAAUCGUGUUACGAAAAAUAAAUAUAAUGAUAUAAAUAAUGUUGAGGUAUUAUUAAAUGAAGAUAAUUUAUUAACUAUUGAAAAAUACAAGGUGCAAUUAGAAAAAGAAAAUAACAUGAUUGAUCUGUAUGAAACGGUAGAGGAGAAUAUAAAUACAAUUAAAACAGAAAAUACGAACGACAUAAAUGAAGAAGUUAGAAAACAAACAAAAAGAGAAAGUGUCAAUCAUAUUAAUGAUACAAAUAUAAAUCAUAUAAUAAAUGAAUAUCCCAAUGAUACAUAUAAUUUUAUAAAAGAUAUAAAAUGUGUACAUAACAAUGAAAAUAACAUGUACAAUUCUAUUGAACAAUAUACAUUUUAUAAUGAUACACGUAAUAAUCAUUUAGUUGAUAAAAAUAAUCGAAAUCUUAUAUUCGAAGAGGAAGGUUUAAAUGAAUUGAACUUUGAAGAAAAAAAGGUAUAUAUAGAAAAUAAUACCAAGGAUAGUCAUAAGGGAGAUAGCAAAACAAAUGACUUAACAUCUUUAAAGAAUACCAUAUGUAAAAGUGCAAAAGAUCAUAAUGAAAAAAAUGAAAACACAUAUGUGGUUAGAAAAGGCGAAAAAGGAAUUAAACGUAAGGUUUCCAUGAAGAAAAGAAAUGAAAAGCUAAAUGAAGAAAAUUAUAUUAAUAUAUACGAUAAAAUGGAUAAUCAUAAACAAAAUGAUAUUACAAAAAAAGAAAAAGACGAAGAAAAUUAUAUUUUAUACAACAACGUAAAGGUUAAUUAUGAUGAAUAUAUAGAAAAUGGAAAUAAAAUAAAAAUAACGGGAGAAUCAUUAAAUGUCUUUUAUAAAGAAAAUCCAAAUGAGGAAGAUUCUUCUACAAAAAAGUUGAAUAGUACAAGUAAAAUAAAACGUGCAAACAAAGGGAAAACAAAAAAAAAGAAUGUUAUCACAAGGGUACAUAAAACAAAACAAAAAAUUGAUUAUGUUACAAAUAGUUUUAAUAAAUCUUCCCAAAGUGAAAAUUCAAAAAUAGGAAAAAUUGGAGGUAGGAGUAAAUCAUUAUUAACACACAGCAAGAAAGUUAGUGAACGAAAUAAAAAUAAAAUAGAAAAAAUUAAUGAUACAAAUUCAAAGAUAAUAAAAGGAAAAAAGAGUAAUAGCCAAAGCAAACUUGGGAAGGAUACAAAGAUUAGAGGGAAAUCAAAAACUGGGGAAUAUAUAAAAAAUAAAGAUUUAAGAAAAAAAUCUAACGAAAAAAACAAAACAAUGAUAGAUAAUGUAAAUACUAUAAAUAAUUCUUCAGUGUCUAACAUAAAAAGCAAAAAACAUAAAUUGAAAAAAAAAAAAAAAAAAAAUAUAUCUAUGGAAAAUAUAAAUAAAAAUAUAACAAAUGAAUUUUGUUCUAUGGUAACAAAAGGAACCGUUCUAUUAUCUAAUAUGAGUAUUAAGAAGAUUGAUAAUGCAAAUAGUUGUACAUUAAAUGAAACAUUAGAGGAAAAUACCUUAAAUUAUGAAAGUAAUAAUAACUGUAGUAAUAGUAAUUUAUCUAAGGAUAAAGAAAAAGAUAGAAAUAUAUUGUGUAAUAAAUAUUAUACUAAUGAGGAAACAAGCUCUUUAAACAGAAUGGAUACUUCAAAUAAACCAGAAAUAAGUAAUUAUUAUAAGGAAAUCCAAGCAAUUAAUUACAUAUUAAGUAAUAUUAAUAAUCCAAAUUUUUUAAAUUCACUCGAACUAAAUGAUUUAAUAAAUAUUGAAAAAAAAUUUAUUAACGAAAAUAUAUAUAUUAAUAAGCAGAUAAUAGCCUGUAAUGUAAAAAGUGAAAAAUCAAAUGAUGAGAUGGUUGAGAAAAAUGAACGGAAAGGGGAUGAAGAAAAAGGAGAAGACGAAAAAGAAAUAAAAGAAAAGGAAAAUAAUAAUAAAGAAGAAAAUCAAGAUGAUGAAAAUAAUAAUAAAGAAGAAAACCAAGAUAAUGAAAAUAAUAAUAAAGAAGAAAACGAAAAAAAUGAAAAUGGUAUUAUUUAUGAUAGCAGGUUUAGUAUUAUAUAUUUAGAACACGAUUUAAUAUAUUUAAAAAAAAAUAAUUUAAAAGUGAUACUUAAUGUUUUGCUGUCAAAUGUAUAUUCCUUUUUUGAAAUUAAAUUAACCAUAUUAUUGUUAAAUUUCUUUAUAUCUAAUAAUUGUCCAUGGAGUUUCAGUUUAUUUCCCCUUUCAUUAAUUAAUAAAUUAAUACAUAAAUUCAGUUUAAAGAUAAAUAAGAAAGUUCCUAAAUAUAAAUUGGAAAAUAUGAGUAUUAACUCCCCAAAUAUUCCAUAUACAUAUCUUUUUAUAUGUGAUGGAAGUAACUAUUUAUGUAUUAAUGACAAUUCAUUAAAUAACGAGGUAUAUGAAAACAAGAUGAAAUUGAACAAUAUCAUUGGAUAUUACCAUUAUAUUAAUUUGAAUAGAUUAACAUAUUAUCUAGAAAAGGUAAAUGCUAAUUUUGUUUAUAACCAUCAUAUAUAUGAAUGA